AUGCUCACAAUCAAACUCAAAUUACUUAUUACAUUACUCAUAAUCUUAGAAACCCAUCUCAUAUUCUCAAAAGGGUACUCAGAUUUGAGCUUAAAUUCAACAGAAAAUGAUGAAAUUGUGAAAAGGGUUUGUGAUGAAAAGAUGGGAAAUUGCCCUGUUGCUACUGAAGCAGAAGAAUUUGAGGUUGAUUCAGAGAUAAACAGAAGAAUUUUGAGUAUGAGGAGAAAAUAUAUAAGUUAUGAAACAUUGAAGAGAGAUGUUGUGCCUUGUUCAACACCAGGAUCUUCAUAUUACAGUUGUGGUGCUACACCAGCUAACAGAUACAGAAGAGGUUGUAGUGUUAUCACUAAAUGUGCUAGAAUGUACUGA